CAUCUCCGGAACUGCAGUAGCCACUUGGGGCUUAGAAACCACCUGGGACUCCAUUUCCCGGCGUGCUCUAAAAAAAAAAUCUCUUUACACCUGCAAUGCGGUGAGGGCGUGGCGACGACUCCAUUUCCCGGCUUGCUUCACGGCCGGAGAUCCGUAUGUCCACGCGCGCCGACUCAAUUUCCCAGAGGGCAACGGUCUCUGGGACGCAUACACAGCCAAUAGACUGAGUGAGUGGACUCCGUUUCCCAGCGGCAUCAGGCUCUCUGCUUCCCAAAGUCCUUCAGGGCUCCCCGUCGUACAGUCGGCUGACAGAUUACCCUGGACUCCAUUUCCCGACGUACAGCGCGACCCGUCAUUCCCGUGUUACUCUGAGGCUUUUGUGGACUUCAUUUCCCGGCGUGCCACGCGGCUCUCUGUGCGGACCGAGGGCGGUGACGGCGGCGCGGACGACAGCCGGACUGCAUCUCCCGGCGUGCCCCGCGGCGGGCGCUGGGCCGGAGCCGGAGCCCAAGCCCGAGCGGCGCGGCCUGGAAGAGGCCAGAGCCCGGGGGAGGCGGCGGCAGCGGCGGCAGCUGGGGCAGCCCGGGCAGCCCGAGCCCCGCGGCCUCGGCCUGCGCUCGGCGCCAUGAGCGGCGGCGGGCCUUCGGGAGGCGGCCCUGGGGGCUCGGGCAGGGCGCGGACCAGCUCGUUUGCGGAGCCAGGCGGCGGAGGCGGAGGCGGCGGCGGCGGCCCAGGAGGCUCGGCCUCCGGCCCAGGCGGCACCGGCGGCGGGAAGACGUCCGUCGGGGCCAUGGGUGGGGGCGUCGGGGCCUCGAGCUCUGGGGGUGGACCCGGCGGCAGCGGCGGAGGAGGCAGCGGAGGCCCCGGCGCAGGCACUAGCUUCCCGCCGCCCGGGGUGAAGCUGGGCCGUGACAGCGGGAAGGUGACCACAGUGGUAGCCACUCUAGGCCAAGGCCCAGAGCGCACCCAAGAGGUGGCUUACACAGACAUCAAAGUGAUUGGCAAUGGCUCAUUUGGGGUCGUGUACCAGGCACGGCUGGCAGAGACCAGGGAACUGGUCGCCAUCAAGAAGGUUCUCCAGGACAAGAGGUUCAAGAACCGAGAGCUGCAGAUCAUGCGUAAGCUGGACCACUGCAAUAUUGUGAGGCUGAGAUACUUUUUCUACUCCAGUGGGGAGAAGAAAGACGAGCUUUACCUAAAUCUGGUGCUGGAAUAUGUGCCCGAGACAGUAUACCGGGUGGCCCGUCACUUCACCAAGGCCAAGUUGACCAUCCCUAUCCUCUAUGUCAAGGUGUACAUGUACCAGCUCUUCCGCAGCUUGGCCUACAUCCACUCCCAGGGUGUGUGUCACCGCGACAUCAAGCCCCAGAACCUGCUGGUGGACCCUGAUACUGCUGUCCUCAAGCUCUGCGAUUUUGGCAGUGCAAAGCAGCUGGUCCGAGGGGAGCCCAACGUCUCCUACAUCUGUUCUCGCUACUACCGGGCCCCAGAGCUCAUCUUUGGAGCCACUGAUUACACCUCGUCCAUUGAUGUUUGGUCAGCUGGCUGCGUACUGGCGGAGCUCCUCCUGGGCCAGCCCAUCUUCCCUGGGGACAGUGGGGUGGACCAGCUGGUGGAGAUCAUCAAGGUGCUGGGAACACCAACCCGGGAACAAAUCCGAGAGAUGAACCCCAACUACACAGAGUUCAAGUUCCCUCAGAUUAAAGCUCACCCCUGGACAAAGGUGUUUAAAUCUCGAACGCCGCCGGAGGCCAUCGCGCUUUGCUCCAGCCUGCUAGAGUACACCCCGUCCUCAAGGCUCUCCCCACUAGAGGCCUGCGCCCACAGCUUCUUUGAUGAACUACGAUGUCUGGGAACCCAGCUCCCUAACAACCGCCCACUUCCCCCUCUCUUCAACUUCAGUGCUGGUGAACUCUCCAUCCAACCGUCUCUCAACGCCAUUCUCAUCCCUCCUCACUUGAGGUCCCCAGCGGGCACUACCACCCUCACCCCGUCCUCACAAGCUUUAACUGAGACUUCAACCAGCUCAGACUGGCAGUCGACCGAUGCCACACCUACCCUCGCUAACUCGUCCUGAGAGCCCCACCAACCACCCUUCCACUUCCAUCUGGGAGCCCCAAGAGGGGCUGGGAAGGGGGGCCAUAGCCCAUUAAGCUCCUGCCCUGGCUGGGCCCCUAGACUAGAGGGCAGAGAAAACGUCGAUUCGCACCGUCCAACCUGGCCCCGCCCCCUCCUACAGCUGUAACUCCCCUCCUGUCCUCUGCCCCCAAGGUCUUCUCCCUCCUCACCCCACCCUGGAGGGCCAGGGGAGUGGAGAGAGCUCCUGAUGUCUUAGUUUCCACAGUAAGGUUUGCCUGUGUACAGACCUCCGUUCAAUAAAUUAUUGGCAUGAAAACUUGC